AUGGACAAUAACAAUAUAAACACAAGUUCCACAUCUGAUAAUGGUAAUAAUAAUAACAUUAAUGAUGGAAUUGGAGGAAUUGGUAGUGGAAGUGGAAUUGGAAGUGGAGGAAUUGGAGUUGGAGGUGUCAAUGGAGUUGGUGAUCCAACUGGAAGUGGAAAUGGCGGAGGAGGAGGCAACAAGAACAGUUUGAGAAUGGCGUUGAAGAACUUUAAACAAAGCUUUGUUGAGAUUGAAUCAAUAAUAUUAAAGUUACAACAACGUGAGAGAUCAUCGAUGGGUGGAGCCAAUCAACAACAACAAGACUGUGGCCAAGGAGAUGGAUUCCUCAACAAAAUGGUCGUCCAGAACAAUGCCAGGAGCCAAGAGUUGGCCCGAUCCAAUCAGAAGCAACAAGAGACCAUCGAUGACCUCCAAAAGAGACUGGAGUUGCAGGACCGCUACCUUGACGAAUACAAGAGUAACUUUAUUCGUAUCAAUGAGCAAGUCAAGCAGAUUGAGCAACAGUACAUGAACCUGAAGGAUAUAUUUACCAAUGUAUCAUCCUUGCAGAACAACUUGGAGAAGGAGCGUGCCGACCAUGUCAGGAUGAUCCAGGAGUUGCAACAUGCAUUGACCGAGUGUACCAAGGACAGACAAGUGCUUGUUGAUGACAAGGUAGCCUCAGAGAAGAGGAGUGAGAGCCAGGCAUCCAUGAUAGCUGACCGUGAUGAGGAGCUUAAAAGGAAUGCCGACAUGAUACAAGGCUACAGGGAGGACAUGCUACGCCUUGAGAAUGAGAAGAAGGAUCUGCUGGCUCUGGUGGAUGAGAGUGUUAGACAAAGAAUCUAA